AUGGUCGAGAAAGAUUUGGUUGCACUGAAGAAGCAUGUCAAAACGGCGUUCGAAUUGAGGACGUACACUCUGAAACGAGACACAUUGGAAUAUGCUGUGAAUAUACUACGGAACCUCGACGAUUCACAACGACCACUCUGGAUUGCACGUGUUCUUGAUGUCAUUUCGAAGCAAUCGUUGAAUAGUCCAUUGUUAGGUAUUGAGACGCUCAAAUCAGCCGUUGCGAUAUGCGAAAAUAAAAAAUCCAGAAAGUCAAGCGCUAGUCGAAUAAGUAUCUUAAUUUACAGUUUAUCGCUAUUCAACGUUAUUGACAUAUUCUCAGCUCCACGUUUUGACUACGACGAAACAUCACGUAAACUUGUUUCAAUACCGCAACAGCCAUCUGCGAUUGGGAAGUGCGUCGAUGCCAUUGAGUUACUUCGAAACCGUCUCAAAUUUGUUAUUCAGCGUUUUUUGCGGAGCUCAUCAUCAGGGAAAUAUCAAUUGAGCACAGUGGAAAAGUUACUGGGUUCGAGGUGUAAACAAAGUAAUGUCAUCGUUUUGGGUAUUCUAACGCAGUCCUCUGUUGAUUCAUAUCAACUUGAAGAUCUUACCGGUUCGAUCAACGUUGACUUGAGUAAUGCAACGUUUCAUUCGGGACUUUAUACGGAUGGUUGUAUAAUGUUACUGGAAGGGUAUUAUAAUGCUGAUUUGUUGACGGUGACCGGCGUUGGAUUGCCACCGGUUGAGAAUGCCGAAAUGACUCGGUCGUAUUUCGGUGAUGCGAAUUGGUUUGGUGGUGAAAGUGCGAAGGCUUAUGCCAGUCAACCACAACUUCGUGACGCAAACGCUAGAAAUAAGGAUGCGAGGAUUGUUUUCAUAUCUGACGUUUGGUUGGAUGAUCCGAAGGUUUGGCUUCGAUCGCUGUUCACAUCUCAUUUUUAUUCGUUGAUCCCAGUCAUUUAUUUGCAUAUUCAUUUCUUUCGACGCUAG